CUUCCUGUUAGUACAGUCGACAGUAAAAAAAAAUCUCGAGGUCAAGGCAAAAAGUAGCAUGGCAGGAGUAUUGCGGGGUACUAAAAAUCUGUUGCAGGGGUUACAUAAGCAUGGCCAUUCUGCACUGGUGUCUUCUCGGACUAUGGCCUCCAAAACUCCAGUUGGAUUUAUUGGGCUAGGGAACAUGGGAAGACCAAUGGCAAAGAAUCUUUUGAAAAAUGGUUAUCCAGUCAUUGCCUCUGAUGUGUUUCCAGAAGCUUGUAAGGAAAUUCAAGAUUUAGGGGCACAGGUUUUGGAUUCUCCAGCUGAGGUUGCUGACAAAGCAGAUAGGAUAAUCACCAUGUUACCAUCGAGUCCACAUGUCAUAGAAGUAUAUACAGGAUCAAAUGGAAUUUUAAAGAAAGUGAAGAAGGGCUCGCUUUUAAUAGAUUCCAGCACUAUUGAUCCUUCUGUUUCCAAGGACAUGGCUGCUGCAGCGGAAAAAAUGGGAGCUGUUUUUAUGGAUGCUCCAGUGUCUGGAGGUGUUGGAGCAGCAAAUUCUGGAAAACUUACUUUCAUGGUGGGAGGAAUGGAAGAAGAAUUCAAUGCUGCUAAAGAGCUGCUGACUACCAUGGGUACCAAUAUUAUUUAUUGUGGAGAAGUUGGAACCGGGCAGGCAGCAAAGAUUUGUAACAAUAUGUUAUUGGCAAUUGGCAUGAUUGGAACUGCUGAAACAAUGAACCUUGGAAUCAGACUAGGACUUGACCCCAAGCUUUUGGCUCAGAUCCUAAAUAUGAGUUCUGGUCGCUGUUGGUCAAGUGACACUUACAACCCUGUUCCAGGAGUCAUGGAAGGUGUGCCCUCUGCUAAUAAUUACCAGGGAGGGUUUGGAACUACCUUAAUGGCUAAGGAUCUAGGACUGGCACAGAAUACAGCAACAAAUACAAAAACGCCUGUUCCACUUGGGUCCUUAGCUCAUCAGAUUUAUAGAAUGAUGUGUGCACGAGGAUAUGCACAGAAAGACUUCUCUUCUGUCUUCCAGUUUCUUCGUGAGGAAGAAAAUCAGUAAAAAGUAGGCAGAAAAGAUGGCUGGUUUAUACUUGUGCUUGUAUAGCUAUACAGCCAAGUGCAGGCAGAUACUUUGGUAGGUUUUAGAUCGGUAGAUGGGGUGUUUUGGAUGUCAUAGUAUUUUAGACUUUUCUAGAUGCUUGGAAGUUCAGUAUGUCUGAGGCCUGCUUUUAAACACUUAAGUUAUCACAGUCAGUUUCACUAAUAAAAAUCAGAAGUAUUUUUCCAGUAUUUUUGCCACUGUUUUGUUUAACUUGAUGUACAUGUUAAAGAUUAUAUGAGUUUGAUUUGAAUAAAUAGAUAUACAAAGGUUAGUGAUAAACUAUAGAUAAAACACAGGCAACUUCUGAAAACGCAAAAAUAUUGUAAAGGUUACAUGCUUAUAGUCAGAAUGCAGUUAACAUUUGAAUAUACCCCAAUGUAAGAAUCAUUAUGACUACAUAUGCUCUGUUACAUGUUUUAUCAAUUGUCUUUUCUCCCACCCAGGCACCAUUUGUAUAACUGAAAAUUCUUCUGUUUGUUGUGUUUUCCUGUUCAUAUAUCAUGUCUUCAAAGAUGUGUACAAGACUCUUAAAGAGCUCUGAGAGCACUGAUUUGGAGUUUGAUGUUCUGUUACACUAUUAAUACUGUAAAUUAAAAGAAUAUAUAAUGAUA